GGGGCGUGAGCCGCGCGCUGAUCCCACGUGUGACGCUCGCACUCCCGGUUCGGUAAUAUUCCUUGAGCUGGGGCUGCAGUGCGCGCGCGCGUGUGUGUGUAUGCGUGUGUCCGGAGUUGGUUUGGCUUGGAGCUAUGGAAGCGGACGCGAGUCAAGUCACCUCUGGAAGCCCCAAUGAUUCGCAACACGACCCGGGUAAAAUGUUUAUCGGUGGCCUCAGCUGGCAAACCUCACCAGACAGCCUUAGAGACUAUUUCAGUAAAUUCGGGGAGAUCAGAGAAUGUAUGGUGAUGCGCGACCCCACCACCAAACGCUCCAGAGGGUUUGGCUUCAUCACGUUUGCAGACGUUUCCAGUGUAGAUAAAGUCUUAGCUCAACCACACCACGAAUUAGACUCCAAGACGAUUGAUCCUAAGGUCGCCUUUCCUCGACGCGCUCUACCUAAGAUGGUCACAAGAACAAAGAAAAUAUUUGUGGGUGGAUUAGCAGCGAGCACAGUCAUUGAAGAUGUGAAACAGUAUUUCGAACAGUUUGGAAAGGUAGAAGAUGCCAUGCUAAUGUUCGAUAAAACUACAAACAGACAUAGAGGCUUUGGCUUCGUAACGUUUGAGAAUGAAGACAUUGUAGAGAAAGUCUGUGAAAUUCAUUUUCAUGAAAUCAAUAAUAAAAUGGUAGAAUGUAAGAAGGCCCAGCCGAAAGAGGUGAUGUUUCCCCCAGGCACGAGAGGGAGGGCAAGAAGUCUUCCUUACACCAUGGACGCCUUCAUGCUGGGCAUGGGCAUGCUGAGUUACCCUAACAUUGUGGCAACGUACGGUCGAGGAUACACAGGUUUUUCUCCUAGCUACAGCUACCAGUUUCCAGGCUUCCCAGCAACAGCGUAUGGGCCUGUGGCGGCAGCGGCAGUGGCAGCAGCGCGCGGUUCAGGUAGGGCCACCCGGGGAAGAGGCGGCUACAUGGCGUACCCACAGAACGCAGGGCCAGGGUUCCCUGAUUACGGAUUUUAUUCUGGGCCCGGUGACCAGAGGGGGGCUCCCUGCUCCUUUGCCGACUAUGCCACCUUGGGGCCCCAUACGGGUCAGAUGCUACAAAGUGAGCACGUCACUUCUACCUGCAACUCACCUUCGCAGCACCACCCAAGCCCGGACCACUUUAAGAGCUCAGGUGCUAACCCUCCUCGGCCUGGAGGUUUUCCCGGUGCCAACAGUCCUGGACCUGUGGCAGAUCUGUACGGCCCCAGCAGUCAGGACACAGCUGUGGGAAAUUACAUCAGUGCUGCCAGCCCCCAGCCGGGCUCCGGGUUCAAUCAUAGCAUCGCUGGUCCUUUGAUCGCCACAGCAUUUACAAAUGGAUACCACUGAACGCUAACCGGAGGUGCAGCACCAUCUCAUUGGAGAGUUCGUCAGGAGGCCUUGGGAAAAUAACCGGAGUCUCCGAUUGGUUCGUGUACAGUUGAUGUCAAGACUUAAAGCACUACAGGUUCUGACUGGUGAAAAAAGACAAAGGGGUGGAACCAAAUAAAGAGAAGAAAAUGUCAAAAUAUAAUCUCAGAAAACAUCAGACUGCUGUAACCGUAAUCCCACCCUCAUUUCACUAAAGGACUCCUCCCCAUUUCUCAUUCUAUUUUCUUUCUGUACGCUUUUUAAAAUUACUUUGGCUUUUAGUUGAGAAACGCGCAUAGACGAGUGAAGCAAUUCUAUUGUUCAGUUGUGAUUAUUUUAUUAUUCUUUUAUGAGUCAAAAGUUUUUGGGGGGGAGUUUUUAGUUCAAAAGUCUUGUUGGAUUCACUUUUGGUGCCAAUUGAUGUGAGAAGCAUAUUUAACAUUGACACAGGAAAGAUGCCGCUCUGAAAGAAGACACCAUGCCAUUCAUCCAUUUCAAAAAGAAAAUGACUGUAUCUUAGUAGCUGUUUUUAAUUCUUGUGAAGUCUCAUUGUUGAUCAUAAUGACCUAUUUUUGGGCAAUACAGAGGGAGAGGACUCCAAUAUUUUUAUGGUCCUUUAUAUAUAUAUAUAUAUAUAUAUAUAUAUAUAUAUAUAUAUAUACACACACACACAUAUACAUAUCUGUGUGUCGUUGUUGUUGUCGUUUAGAAAAAAGUAUACUGUAAUAUUGUUUUUUUGUUUGUUUUUUAUUAAAAUGUGGUUUUAAAUAGAAGAGAAAGAAAUGUACCUGUAAAUAUAUUUCACUGCAUAUAACCAGUUCAAACAUAUUUUUCUGAUGGUGUGUCAUAAAAAACUGUUUCAGGGUGCAAAUAAUCAAAGAAAAUGCCAGUAUAAACACAACUCUGGUAACACAUGAUCUAUCAAUUACUCUAAACACACAAGCUGGUGUAAUACCAGCAUAUUCACACACGUGAUUACAGGACCCCAAUCACAGUGGGCUUCAGAUCGAGUCAAAUUUUGUAUUGUUUGCUGUGGAGUUUUAAAAAGAACACUGUGUGUAGUGAUCAACGAAAGGACUUGACUUUAAUUUUUUUGUGUUCCGCACAUUCGGACACUUUUUUAUACUCCUGUGAACAAAAAAAAACAAAACAAAAAAAAGGAAACCUACUAUGUUGUCUGUUGUUGUUAAUGUUGUCUUUUAGAGGAAGUUCCUCUUGAUUUUGGAACCUGACGUGGACUGUGCGUGAAUGGAGCGGGUUAUUUCUCUUCUGAGUGAAGGAAGCAACCAUUUUUAUGAAUCAUACCUCAGUCCUGUGAGAUUUAAUUUAUUCAGAGAGCAACAGACAAAUGUGCAGAUAAGUGUACAAAGGAAGCUUUGCAGUGUGUACGUAAUAACGAAGGUUUUCUCUUUGCACAUGCUAGCUGUCAUGAGUGACCUUACAGAGAGCUGAUGUAUGAAAAAUUGUUCAGUGAAUGUUGAUUUUUAUUUUUCUGCCACUGGCGUCCGGAAUGCAGGUCGAGAAAAGCCAAACAAAAAGCAAUCUAUUACUUGGUGUGCUCAGAUUUCAUUUCACGGAUAUAGCCAACCUUUUAUCUGGAAUAUUGACGUAUUUUAAUAUAUAGCCAGUUGAAGACACUGAAAAAUGUUGACCCAAAACCUGCCGCUGAUGUUCUGAUUUCUUGUCCGUAUAAAAGCUGGUUUAGGUCAAACACAUAUAAAAA